AUGGUUACUGCGAAUAAUUUGUGUAAAAAUGUGAUUUGUUCUCAAGGAUUAUCAUGCGACGGGAAUACUGGAAAAUGUGCCAAAUUUCGUCAAUUUAAUUAUGAAUUUGCAAAUUUGUGUUCAAAUAUUGAAUGCCCAGGCAAUACAAAAUGUGAUACAAAUACUGGAUUUUGUGUAUUAUUUCGAAAUAUUAAUCUUUAA